CUCCGUCCGCGCUGACGUAAGGGGGCGGGCGCCAGCCCGGAAGCGGCGUGCGGCCGUGUGGGUGCUGGAGGCGCACGUGGGGCGGUCUGCGGGGCGCGCGCCGCGGGGCCAUGGCUUCCGGGGCGGCGGGGGCUGCCCCUACAGGGACCGGCCGGCCGCCUUUGGAGGAAGAAGAGGAGAUGCCCGAGCUGUCUGACGAUGAGGAGGCCUGGGAGAAGGAGGAGGAGGAGGAAGAGGAGGGCACCGCGGAGGGCCCGCAGACUCGCUGCCUCUUCUGCGACAGAUUGUUUAGUUUUGCUGAAGAUCUGUUCUCCCAUUGUGAAAUCGAACAUGAGUUUAACGUUGGUGAUGUGAUCAAUAAGAACGGACUUGAUUUCUAUGGAUACAUUAAACUAAUCAACUUUGUUAGAUUGAAGAAACCAACUGCGGCAUAUCUGAAUUCGCUCUGCAGCCCACUGCCUUGGGAAGGAGAGGAAUACUUGAAACCAGAGCUAGAAGAUGAUCUCCUACUUCAGUUUGAUAUAGAAGAUCUUUGUGAACCUUCGAAUGUUUUGUCUUCUAAUGGGUUAAAUGAUACCACGAUGCUCCUUGAGCAACUAAAACAUGCAGAACACAGAGCAAAUCUUGCAGAAGCAGCCUUGGUUAGAGCACAGGAUGAUCUUCAAAAAAUGAAGCAAUUUGCACAGGAUUUUGUGAUGAACGCAGAUGUCAGAAGCCGCUCAUCAGCCAAUGCCAUUGCAGACCUUCAUGAGGAUGAGGAUGGCGUUUACUUCAGCUCGUACGGGCAUUAUGGGAUACAUGAAGAAAUGCUGAAGGAUAAAGUGCGUACAGAAAGCUAUCGUGACUUCAUCUAUCAAAACCCACAUCUCUUCAAGGACAAGGUGGUUUUGGAUGUUGGCUGUGGAACUGGAAUACUCUCCAUGUUUGCUGCAAAAGCAGGUGCAAAGCAAGUGAUUGGAGUCGACCAAUCUGAAAUUGUUUAUCAGGCAAUGGACAUCAUUAGGUUAAACAAACUUGAAAAUAUCAUUACAUUAGUCAAAGGAAGAAUUGAAGAAGUAGAUCUGCCUUUGGAAAAAGUGGAUGUAAUUAUAUCUGAGUGGAUGGGUUAUUUCCUUCUCUUUGAGUCUAUGCUGGAUUCUGUCAUUUACGCAAAGGACAAGUACCUGGCAGAGGGAGGAUCAGUUUAUCCUGAUACAUGCACCAUUAGUCUGGUAGCUGUGGGGGAUAUGAAUAAACAUGUGGACAAACUAGUUUUCUGGGAAGAUGUGUAUGGCUUUGACAUGUCUUGCAUGAAGAAGGCAGUAAUUCCAGAAGCUGUUGUGGAGGUGCUGGAUCCAAACACAAUUAUAUCUGCAGCCAGUGUUAUUAAGCGUAUCAAGUGUAAUGCUGCAUCCAUUCCAGAUUUAGAAUUCUCUGAGGAAUUCACUCUAACGAUUAGGACGAGCACAAGGUGUACGGCAAUUGCUGGUUAUUUUGAUAUAUUUUUUGAGAAGGACUGUCACCACAAGGUCAUGUUUUCAACUGGUCCAUGUUGUACCAAAACACACUGGAAACAAACAGUUUUUCUCCUGGAGAAACCAAUUCCUGUAGAAGCAGGAGAGGCCCUGAGAGGAAAGAUAACAGUCUGCAAGAACAGAAAGGAUCCACGGUCGCUCUUUAUAACCCUCUCAGUGAAGGACGCAAAACAGACCUACAGCCUUCAGUGAAAAUACUGUGCAUGUAACUUUGAGAAAUGUCAGAUUCAAAGAGAUCCUUGGACAAUUUCUUUGCAAAAAGAAUUAAAGCUAAAAGGCGUGCCAAGACAAUAUAAGAGUAGUUGGAAAAUCCCAGCGGAAGUAAAUUUGGAAUUCAGACUACAGGAUUACAGCAGCAAAGACUUUAUUUUUAUAACAUUUUUAUAACUAAAAUGUUGUAUCACAUUUCAGUUAUACUCAUCUAAAUAAAUAAUCUUUGUAUGUUGUAUAA